UCCUCCCUCCUCGCGCUCCUCUCUCCUCCCUCCUCGCGCUGCUCCCUCCCUCCUCCCUCCUCCGUGAAGCGGAGUCGAAAAGAUGGUGGCCAGCGCUCGGGUGCAGAAGCUGCUCCGCCGAUACAAACUAGCGAUCGCCGCCGCGUUGACUAUCCUCCUGAUCCAGGGGCUGGUGGUAUGGAGCCUGAGGAGUCUGGAGGAAGGCGAGGAAGAGGUGAGAAAAAUACGGUCUAAGCUGCCUGACCACAACAGCCAGGACCCCAAGAGAGACACAGCACUUUGGGAGAAACCAAAGUCGGGGAAGAACAGGGGCAGAUGGAGCGGCAGGUCGGAGAGGACGGGCGGCACAGCAGCCAGCGCGCUGAGGAGAGGGUCCAUCCGCAAAGGAGAAAAGCUAGGCGGCAAGCUGAAGUCUCCCAAAGAGCGAGGGAUGACAGGAACCGGAUUGGACGGCGUGGUCCUCCACGACCUGUCCAGCAGCCGUAACUUCAGCGAGACCCGAGGUGGCGUCGACGGGGCGGCCAAGUUGCCUCCUUCCGUCAUACUCGGAGAGCCGGGCAGCGUGGACGGGGCGCACCAAGCCUCCAGCAGUGACUUUGUGCCCAAAUGUGAUAUCAUAGGCAAGGACGCGCUGUCCGCUCUCCACCGCGCCGGUUCGCAGCAGUGCCGACAGGAGAUCGCCAACAUCGUGUGUCAGCAUCAGGCCGGGCAGCUCAUGCCGGACGCACUUCCUCAGUUCUGCCCACAGCUCGGUGAGGAGCCUAAAACACGUGUAUCGAAUCAGGUGCAGGCCGUCGGCGAGCUGGACAACAGCCUGUCCGGAGUGCAGAACCCCGUCAGGGUGGCCUUCGUUCUGAUGGUGCACGGCCGAGCUGAACGGCAGCUAAAGCGCCUCAUUAAAGCCAUAUAUCACCGUGACCACUACUACUACAUCCACGUGGACCAGCGGUCCAGCUACUUGCAUCGGGAGGUGCUGCAGAUAGCCCAGCAGUACCCAAACAUACGAGCCACGCCCUGGAGGAUGGUCACCAUCUGGGGCGGCGCCAGCUUGUUGAAGGCCUACCUACACAGCAUGCAGGACCUGCUCUCCAUGCAGGACUGGAAGUGGGAUUUUUUCAUCAACCUCAGUGCUACAGAUUUCCCCACCAGGACCAAUGAUGAACUGGUGGCGUUCCUGUCGCAGCAAAGAGACAAGAACUUCCUCAAGUCCCACGGGAGAGAAAACGCCCGGUUCAUUAAGAAGCAGGGCCUCGACCGGCUCUUCCACGAGUGCGACAACCACAUGUGGCGCCUCGGCGAACGCAGCAUCCCAGAAGGCCUGGAAGUCUCGGGCGGCUCCGAUUGGUUCGCGCUCACCCGCCGCUUCGUGGAGUACGUCAUCAACUCCCAGAAUGACCUGGUGUUGGGGCUGAAGCAGUUCUAUUCCUACGCUCUGCUCCCCGCUGAGUCCUUCUUCCACACCGUGCUCGGGAACAGUCACAUGUGCGACACUCUGGUGGACAACAACCUGCGUGUCACCAACUGGAAUCGUAAGCUGGGCUGUAAAUGCCAGUACAAGCACAUUGUGGACUGGUGUGGCUGCUCUCCCAACGAUUUCAAACCACAAGACCUCAUUCGGAUCCAGCAACUGACCCGUCCGACGUUCUUUGCUCGCAAGUUUGAGUCAACGGUGAACCAGGAGGCCAUCGACAUCCUGGACACUCACCUGUAUGGCCAGUACGCUCCAGGCACCGUUGCCAUCAAGGCAUACUGGGAGAGCCUGUUUGAGCAGCUGGAUGGCAUGAGCUCACUCAGCGACGUCGCUCUCACUGCUUACACUUCUUUCUUCCGCCUGGGCCUCAAGAAUCUGGCGACUGUUCAGAGCAACGCAGAGGCCUGCAGGUUUGAACCAGUGGGCUACCCUCUUUCUGUGCACUUGUACUUUUAUGACGACCGUUUCCAAGGUUACCUGGUGCGUCAGGAAGUCCAGGCUGUGGAUUCAAAGGUCAGGGAGACACUGGAGAUGUGGGCAGUGCCCCAAGCCACGCUGGUGGUGGAGUCAAACGUUAAGGAGUUUGAAAGGCUCAAGAAUCUGGAAAUUGGCACAGAGUGGGAUCCCAAAGAAAGGAUCUUCCGUAACUUCGGCGGGGUGAUCGGCCCUUUGAACGAACCCCUCGCAGUCCAGAAGUGGGCCCGUGGUCCCAACCUCACAGCCACUAUUGUGUGGAUCGACCCAGCUCUGGUGGUGGCAGCAUCUUAUGACAUUACUGUGGAUGUGGAUGCAGAGUACACCCAGUACAAACCCCCACUGCAGCGCCCCCUGCGACCUGGUACCUGGACGGUACGGGUGUUAAAACAGUGGGAGCGCGUGGCGGAGGUUCGCUUCCUCGUCAUGCCGCUAACCUUUAAAGAUAAGAAGCCGCUACGCCAAGAGGAGGACAGCUGGCUCCAUGCAGGCCCUCCGGGUAACCUGUACCUGGAGCAGAGCUUCCAGCAGCUCAGCUCUGUGCUGAAGCUGCCUCCCCAGGAGCCCGCCAUGCAGGAGGCCCAGCGUAAAGCCCAGCUGGUGGGUCAGCCUCUUGAAGCAUGGGUGGACAGCAGCAUAGGGACCUUCUGGGUUACAGGCGACAUGUGCGCCACUCAGACUUCCUCUUGCCCAGCCAUGGGACCUUGCUCCAAGACAUCCUGGAGCUCUCUGUCCCCGGACCCCAAAUCUGAACUGGGCCCAGUCAAAAGUGAUGGGCGGAUCAGGUAGCCCCCGGAGAGGAGAGACUGUAGGCUCGAACACACAUGCAGGAAGACAGAGGAAGAGCUGGACCUGCACUGGAGAGCUCCAAGAGAACCUGUGUAAAGCGGAUAUUGUCUCAGAGCUCGAGGGCACAUAAACAAGACAUCUUCCUGCACUGAGGAGUCGAGAUAUUCUCAGUCAAGUGGUAACAAAGACUUAAAAUAAGAGAGACUGCUGGAAAUUUGCACUUAGAAGUUUGCAAGCGCUGAGACUUGUCAUUGUUUUCUUAACGGUACCAGAGAUGCCAGAUUUAUUGUGUUAUUUAGCUGGCACACAGACAGGUCUUCAGUCCGGGUCUGUCUUGGUUGGAGUUUGCGCAUGUUUGAACUCUGUUUGAGCACAUAGCUUUCAGUUUCUCGCUGCUUUGAACGAAUCAGGAAGCAGUCGUCAGAAGUCAACAACCGGCUCCUCGCUGUGUUCUGUCUUCAUUUCAAGGGAGAGCGUAACCUCUGAAUCAUAUUGUUGUGCUUAUUUUAAAGCAUUAUUAUGUAAGCAUACGGAGCAGACAGAUGAAGUGCACUUUACUGUAAGAGUAUGAUGUUACACAGAGGUCACUUGGUUACAGUGUGAGGAGUUAAAAAGUCAUAGAUAAGGUCACAUAACUCUUAACUCAGAUACCUGCACUGUCACUCCCCUGCACAGACACAUCACUAAAUACUUGGACUUUUAAGCUUAGUCGUAUUUCAUUUCUUUUUUAAAUUCUUUUUACUGCGUCAUAACGUUUCUGAACAUGUGCUUAUUUUUUAAAUUUUUUUUAGAAAGUAUUAGUUUUGUCCUUUUUAAUUUCCUGAACUAGCUGUAAAGUGUUAAAAUGUCUUUGAUGUCCAUUGUUGCAACAAAAAAAAAGCCACUUGUUUUUCUGGUUAGAGGAAGUGCCUGGAGAGCUGCAGCAUCAAGACUGUAGAUGGUGAGAUUACAUUCAGAAUUAUAGACGACAAUCUUAACUUGAAACAUCGAGCUACAGUCGUGCGAGCAUUCAACAAACCUACCCAACUUUCCAAGAUAAAAUCCUCCAAAUGUUUGGCUCCAAAAUACUUUGAACUAAAACCAGCUUGGCUUUUUGUUCACGUGGUGAUGAGAACUGGGAUAAAACAGGUGAAAUGUGUCUGUUUAAUUUGCUUUCUUGCCAAGAAGUAAAUUAGAAAGUUACGCCAUCAUGUUUGUGUGGUAAACAUGAAGCAGCCGGCUGGCUAGUUUAGCUUAGCACAAUGCCUAGAAACAAAAGGGGUUAACCUGUUACAAAGAUCGACUUUAAAUCACUUUUGAAUAACGUGUACAAACCUGGACGCAUAAAAUAUCCAAAAAGUUGUUUUCCAGAUAGUUAUGUGGAUUAUUUCUCGGUCAGGACUAGUAACUGCCGGAAGUUUCAGCUGGUUGCCUGGCAACUGCCGCCUUUUCUUUGUGGGACUGGUUGCCCAGGCGACCAGCUGAAACCUGACACCUCUGCUGCUGAUUGGCAGCUUCAGCUUUGCUGGUUGGUGGAUUUUGUUAUUUAUGAACAGAGCUCGGCUAGCCGCCAACGAGUGACCGAUGUGUCGUAGUUACAAGAGCUGUUUAAAAACAGGAAGAUCUGCCCGGUGUCCACAAAGCUUCUGUGCGUUUUUUUACGUUAGCAUUACGUUAGCAUUACGUAAUAUAAACUGUCUCGUUCGACAGCUACGCGUUCUCUGUCGUAACCAUGACAACAAAGGGCCGCAGGUUAACAGGGUCAAACCCUAACACCUACCUUUGUGCUAAGUUAACCGGCUAGUAUCGCUGUUCUCGUUGGCAAGACGGCAAAGAAACAUAUUUCCCGAGAUGGCUGACCUUUUUAAAAAAUUGUUUGGAUGCAUUAUGUCAUACCUCCUUACCUGUGUAUCUGUUAAUAUUCAGUAUUGUGGUCACAUUUCAUGAAGUCCACUAAGCAAGACCACUGUAUGUUUGUGUUUAAUGUUAGCAUGAUCCAGAGAAUCUAAGCUGCCUUUUUACAGUCUAAGAGAUGAAUUGUUUACUACGGGAUAAAACCUUCCACAGAUGUGCAAUGAAUGCCUUUUCAGAGGAUAGUGAACCCCCCCCCCUGUUUGUGUCUUAGUUUUCUUUUUUAAAAAUCUAAUUUCACAUGACCUUUUUAUGUUCUUAAAUAACAGUCGGACACCAUAUGAGUUUUCAAGUGGCCUUGUUUACCUUGCACAGCACAGUUGCUUCAGUGAAGCUCCCGAUUUUAUUGAUACAAGAGAGCAGAAUAAUCGGUGUAAACAGAUGUUAUUUUUCUAUACAAGUUUGAGAGGAAGUGUGUAUGUUGAUGUCCGUUCAUUUCCGGUGCCCUGUUAAACUAUUAAAGAACUGCUGUCUUAUUAUGUUGGUGUUUGACAGUCCCAUCUGUUCAGUGUCAUUUGAAGCAGAUCUGUUUUUGUUUUAUUGUUUUUUUUUUUUUGAGGGGGUUGUUGGAGAUCAUGGUCUCCGUCCAUGCCGUGCAGCAGUCCGGUUGGUGAGUCAUCCGGAGCCCCUGUGGCUCUUUUUCAGCCUGUCACUGUAAAAGCUCAUAGGAUAGGCAUCGUGACUGAUGACUCAAUAAAAUAGAAGUUAAAUGAA